AUGGAGACGCCGGCUCUUCUCGCCUCGUUUGUGCUUCUUUUAUCUGGGCUCUCUGAUAGUAUGUCUAGCUCCGCUGUCCAUCCAGCCAUGCACACAGUCGCACCACUCCCUCGCGACGCGUCGGUUCUCGAUAGGCUCCUGUACGCGCUUCUACGGACGUUCCUUACGGGCCCAAACAUUGCUGCAGCCAUCAGACGCGUCAAUACAAUUCUUUCUGCCGGCAAUCCCACGGAUUCUGCGCCAACUGCAUCUCUACGGCUUUCAGACCUUGACUCACCUGAGUUGCUGCAUUCUAGCACCAGAUUCUGGUCUCUGCGUGUGGAUGAUUGCUUGUUUGAAAACAUAUCUCUCAGAGCUGCGUCUCCUGAUGUGCGAUUGGAGCCAGGUCAGUCCAUAAUAUUAGCCAAUAUUUACAUUACGGGUCUCGUCACUGUUACCCUUUCACUCCAGCUUGAAGUUGGUGGAACCACUUUUGAUUUAAAAGCCGUAAUUCUUUUCAGAUCCUUCCAAGGACGCGCAGAGAUCACGCUGGGUACUCUUGUCGACGAUAUCUUUUAUUCUCAUGGCCCAGCAGGGCCCAUUGAUGCGUCCUUAUAUGAUGUUGCGGAAACAGAGGAGUACUCUUAUCUUAAGGAGCUGCUGCCUUGUGUGGCAGCUCCUACCUGCGAACUCUUCCUCCAAGCAUUUGAACAACCAGAUUUAGACGUUACCUUGAUUCUUGACCCAAACCAUCCUGUGCUAGCUGUGGCUGCACGGGCACUUUUCGUCAAACGAGCCGCUGAGCUUUUUAUUCGAUGGAGCUUGCGCCGCCUGCUCCACUCCUUUAAGAUGCACUUAAAUAACUAA